GAGCAAAAGGUUCAAUCUUUCUUUCUUCUCUUGAGUUGAGACAACAGAGAAAAAGAUGACGGUGAGACAGAAAACGGUGGCGACUCUUCCCACUCUCCUGCGUUCGCUAAGGAAUCGCACUGCAAAAUCAUCCAGCCAGAAGCUUCCGUCCCUCAGACGAGCAUAUUCUCUAUAUGAUCAAGUCAAUUUAAUCAAGAACGUCCCUGAAGACCAAUUGCGCAUUCAAGAGUAUUCAGAAGAUGGUUUUACUGUCAAUGGUGUUGAAUAUGAAGGCAGCAUUCUUUGUGUUGGAAAUUUAAUAACAUCUUGGAGUCCCAAAACUAUUUUGGACAUCAAUCAAGAUAGCUUGUCCAUAUUCCAAAUCAUGCGGCCAAUACCAGAAAUUCUAAUUCUUGGAUGCGGGAGGUAUACCCAACCAAUACAUCCAGAACUCCGACGCUUUAUUAGAUCUACUGGCAUGAAACUUGAAGCAGUUGACUCGAGAAAUGCUGCGUCAACUUAUAAUAUUCUGAACGAGGAAGGAAGAAUUGUAGCUGCUGCACUUCUCCCUUUUGGGGUCUCUUCUUGAUUGUAACUACUGAAAAAGUUGUUUUUGGGUUGGUAUUAACUAGAUGAUUUGUUUUGAUCCUAUUUUCAUGUCUAUGUAUUUAUAAUCUGAGUCUGAGGAUCAGCUUGACUGAAAUCCCAAGGGAAUUCUUUUCUCAUCUGUUGUAGCUUUUUUCAAGAAAUAAUCAAGAAACCAUAAAAUCUUGUUUGGA